CCAGCCAAGAUGGCUGACAGCAUCCCGUUAAAUCCGAUACGGAAGAACUCGAAGAGAAUCCCGUAUUACAACUCAUCCAGACUUUCAAGACUGGACGAAGAUGAGCUAAUAAAACCCUCAGGGUCAGGAAUGGACAGGAAGUGAACUAGUCGCAUGACCAGAUACUCUCUAGAAGAUGAGCCCUCUAAUCUGGAUGAGAUGCCUCUGAUGAUGUCGGAAGAAGGCUUUGAGAAUGAUGAGAGCGAUUACCAGACGCUGCCCCGGGCCCGAGUCAAUCAGAGACAGAGAGGCCUCGGCUGGUUCCUCCUAGGAGGGUGGAAAGUCCUCUGUGGCAGCUGCUGUGACUGCCUGGCCCAUAUUUGUCGAAGGAAGAAGGAGCUGAAGGCCAGGACAGUUUGGCUUGGCUCCCCGGAGAAAUGUGAAGAGAAGUACCCCAAAAAUGCCAUCAAAAACCAGAAGUACAACAUCUUCACCUUUGUGCCUGGGGUUCUCUACCAGCAGUUCAAGUUCUUCCUCAAUCUCUACUUUCUGGUGGUGGCCUGUUCCCAGUUUGUGCCAUCACUGAAAAUCGGAUAUUUGUACACGUACUGGGCACCUCUGGGUUUUGUGUUAGCCGUUACAAUGGUGCGAGAGGCUGUGGAUGAAGUGCGACGGUACCAACGGGACAAAGAGAUGAACUCUCAACUCUACAGCAAGCUCACAGUGCGAGGUAAAAUUCAAGUAAAGAGUUCAGACAUACAAGUUGGGGACCUGAUCAUUGUUGAUAAGAACCAAAGGAUUCCUGCAGACAUGAUAUUCCUGAGAACGUCAGAGAAAAAUGGUGGAUGUUUCAUCAGAACUGAUCAGCUGGAUGGAGAAACUGACUGGAAACUGAAGGUUGCUGUUGGCUGCACUCAACGACUACCAGCAGUGGGGGAUCUCUUCUCCAUCAGCGCCUAUGUCUACGCCCAGAAGCCUCAGCUGGACAUCCACAGUUUCGAGGGGAACUUCACAAGGGAAGACACAGAUCCCCAGAUCCAUGAGAGUCUGAGUAUUGAAAACACUCUGUGGGCCAGCACAGUUGUUGCAUCUGGCACGGUGAUAGGGGUGGUGAUCUACACAGGCAAAGAGACCAGAAGCGUACUGAACACGUCCUAUGCCAAGAACAAGGUUGGCUUACUGGACCUGGAGCUGAACCGCCUCACCAAAGCCCUGUUUCUGGCCCAGGUGGUGCUCUCCGUUGUCAUGGUAGCACUGCAGGGGUUUGUGGGUCCUUGGUUAAGCAACCUAUGCCGAUUCGUCGUGCUUUUCUCUUACAUUAUCCCAAUCAGUUUGCGUGUAAACCUGGACAUGGGCAAGUCAGCCUACGGCUGGAUGAUCAUGAAAGACGAAAACAUCCCCGGCACUGUUGUGAGAACCAGCACCAUCCCAGAAGAACUGGGCAGACUAGUCUAUCUGCUUACAGACAAGACAGGCACUCUGACACAGAACGAAAUGGUCUUCAAGCGGCUGCACCUGGGAACGGUAUCCUAUGGCACUGACACCAUGGAUGAGAUCCAGAACCACAUCGUCAAGUCAUACGCACAGGUGUCCUCCCAGCCCUCCAAUGGCAGCACCAGUGGCUCCACUCCAUCGCGGAAGACCCAGACGUCGUGCCCGAAAGUCCGCAAAAGUGUGAGCAGUCGCAUCCACGAGGCUGUGAAGGCCAUCGCAUUGUGCCACAAUGUCACGCCCGUCUAUGAGUCACACGCCAUCGUAAAUGGAGAGACGGAGUCUGCUGAAGCCGACCAGGACUACAGUGAUGACAACCGCACCUACCAGGCCUCCAGCCCUGAUGAGGUGGAGCUGGUGCGGUGGACGGAGAGCGUCGGCCUGACCCUGGUGAACAGAGACCUGAACUCUCUGCAGCUGAAGACUCCUUCUGGACAGAUUCUCUCCUUCCACAUCCUGCAGAUCUUUCCCUUCACCUCCGAGAGCAAAAGGAUGGGCAUCAUCGUCAGGGAGGAGUCGACAGGAGACAUCACUUUUUACAUGAAGGGUGCUGAUGUUGCCAUGGCGAGCAUCGUCCAGUAUAACGACUGGUUGGAAGAAGAGUGUGGCAAUAUGGCCAGAGAAGGCCUGAGGACGCUGGUGGUGGCCAAGAAGUCUCUGUCUGAGGAGCAGUAUCAGGACUUUGAGAGUCGCUACAACCAGGCGAAGCUGAGUAUCCAUGACCGAGGCCUGAAGGUUGCAGCAGUGGUGGAGAGCCUAGAGAGGGAGAUGGAGCUUCUGUGUCUGACCGGUGUGGAAGACCAACUACAAGCAGACGUCCGGCCCACGCUGGAGCUGCUCAGGAACGCUGGCAUCAAGAUCUGGAUGCUAACAGGAGACAAGCUAGAGACCGCUACAUGCAUCGCCAAAAGCUCUCACUUGGUCUCCAGAAACCAAGACAUCCAUGUCUUCAAACCGAUCUCAAGCAGAGGAGAGGCCCAUCUGGAGCUCAACGCCUUCAGAAGGAAACAUGACUGUGCUCUGGUCAUCUCUGGAGACUCCUUAGAGGUGUGCUUGCGGUAUUACGAGCAUGAGUUUGUAGAGCUGGCGUGUCAGUGUCCAGCGGUGGUCUGCUGUCGCUGCUCCCCGACUCAGAAGGCCCAGAUCGUCACGCUCCUCCAGCAGCACACCGCCAACAGAACCUGUGCCAUAGGUGAUGGAGGAAAUGAUGUCAGUAUGAUCCAGGCUGCAGACUGUGGAAUCGGAAUUGAAGGAAAGGAAGGGAAGCAGGCGUCUCUGGCCGCAGACUUCUCCAUCACUCAGUUUAAGCACAUCGGUCGCCUGCUCAUGGUUCAUGGCAGGAACAGCUACAAGCGCUCUGCAGCGUUGGGUCAGUUCGUCAUGCACAGAGGCAUGAUCAUCUCCACCAUGCAGGCAGUCUUCUCCUCGGUAUUUUACUUUGCCUCUGUGCCCUUGUACCAGGGUUUCCUCAUGGUGGGGUAUGCCACCAUGUACACCAUGUUUCCUGUGUUCUCCUUGGUUCUGGACCAAGAUGUGAAGCCAGAGAUGGCUCUUCUCUACCCAGAGCUUUACAAAGACCUCACCAAGGGGCGUUCUUUAUCUUUCAAGACAUUCCUCAUUUGGGUUUUGAUCAGUGUGUAUCAAGGUGGCAUCCUCAUGUAUGGCGCGUUGGUGCUGUUUGAGUCGGAGUUUGUGCACGUGGUCGCCAUCUCCUUCACAGCGCUCGUCCUGACGGAGCUGCUGAUGGUGGCGCUGACUAUUCGCACCUGGCACUGGCUCAUGGUGGUGGCCGAGUUCUUCAGCUUAGGCUGCUACCUGGCCUCGCUCGCCUUCCUCAACGAGUACUUUGACUUGUCGUUCAUCACAACUUGGCCUUUCCUGUGGAAGGUGUCCGCCAUCACGUUGGUCAGCUGUCUUCCUCUCUACAUAAUCAAAUACCUGAAACGCAAGUUUUCCCCCCCGAGCUACUCCAAACUAUCCUCAUGAGCCAAACUUGGAUUACUCUAGUUUCUUUUGUAGUUUGCUUCUCUGAGCUUUCUAUUUUCAGCACUUUUUUUACUCACUGAUCUUCAGUGAUGGACAGGUAAGGAACCACUGGAACAAAUUGGAAAAUGGAGAGAAAUGAAUUGUUCUUUGGAUUAUGUCACUGAGACUUGGGAUUACUUGAAAAAAUAAAUGGAGCACAUAAAAACAGACUAUAAAAGGAUGGAUUCAGUCAAGCAAAAGAAGGGCAAACUGGUGUAACUGACUGCACUUAUAACUUGCCAGAAAGAGUCAAUCUGCCUUUUUUGUUGUUGUUGAAGCAUUUCAAACAAAUCGGCUUCAAAUGUCAUUUUAUACAGUUGUGAUGCAUUUCUUUCAGUGUUUAAAUUUUUACAAGUGGAGUUCAGAAUUUUUUUAAGUAUUAUUUUUUAUUCUAGGCAUUAAUUACAGUUUCCAGCCUGCGUCAUUGACCGGAGUUGAGUUGCUGUAAGGGAUAUAAAAAAAAAAACUACAACAUUUAUUUGAACAUUUUCCUGUUUGUGUAAAUAAAGCCUUUACGCGCAGCUUUGAUCACUACGGCUGUCGAUGUAAAACCUCACUGCAUUUAAAUAAGAACAUUUACGAUGACCUUCACAAAGAAAAUGUUAGGACUUGCUUCAAACUGAAUUUCUGUGCAUAUGCUGCUUUAUGUCCUUUGUAUUUUUAAGAUGCGGAAUGACAUCAUCAAUCAUCAUCUCCGUAGUAUACAGUAAAACCAGCACUCCAUAGAAUUUACACAAUAAAGUUAAUAAAAAGAAAAUAAGAACAGCACUUCAUAGCAUCAUUGUAUUGUCAGCAUAUUUGGCCUUGAUUACGGAAUUUUGUCAUUUGAUGUCUUGUCGGUGGCCACAAGUCCUCGUGUAGGGAUAUGGCAGCUCGCGUUGUGCCUCUUUGUAAUAAUGUACUGAAGCUGCAUCUCACAGCAUUUGGAUGUUUAAACAAUCAGUCAGAGGUUUGGGUUAGUGUUUGCUUUGGUUACCUCUGCAGCCAGAUCUGAACUUCCAGGAGCUUGAAUUUUUCUCUUCUCUGAAAACAUUUUUUCUGAAGGUAGAACUACUUUAAAAGUCACAAUGAAGGACCCUGAACCACUGAUAGCUGUAUAGUUUUUAGCCUUUAUUGACAAUAUGACUCCCCUGGGCUUCGGUGUGACUUUGGCCUGCAGCGGACAUUGACAUUCAGCUCUUUUUAAAGGAGGAAUGAGUUUUAUUAUUCGCUCCAUGUACUGUACUGUAAGUGUUGAACAUGUUUUGAGCACAGUGGACACAAACCAGAUGGAAUAAAGUUAAACUGAUAAACCUUUAAAUAUACAGUUCAGUAAACAGGGUGUGGUCUAGCUAUAUUUAUUAGUCAGGUUGUCUUUUCUUUCUGAAUCACAAUUGAGUUAAACUCAGGUUGAUCGUUCCUAAACAUAGCUGUAUUAUUUGGUUUAUAUUGUGGCAACCGUGCUGUAAAAUGUAGCUACACUGUACCAAAAAAAAGACAAAUAACGGAUGUAGUUAUUUGGGAAAGAGUUGGUGUGACUGCGACACUUUAAUGCAAAUUGCAUUUAGGUUUUCAAUUUCUGAUUCUUAUGAAGUCUUUUAGAAAUUCCAAAUGUUGAUUCCUGUGUUUUCUGUUGAGAUCUUUGUUCUGUGUUUGUGAUGUCGUUUCAUCAUUUCAUUCUCGUCAACUUGCUUUCCAUACACUACACUGCGAUUUCUAACGGUGUGUCUGUUAUUUAUAAUAUUGUUAUUGAUUUAAUGAAUAAUAAAAAGGGAGAACAGAUGCCAAAAAG